UGGCCGGCCGCACAAGCGCAAUGCGGUGGAUUCUGCACCUGCUCGCUCGGCCGGACCAUAAGACCAUUAGGACCACCAGGACCACAAACACAGAAAGACAACAAGCAAAGGAAAUAACAAGAACGGCGGGAAUAAGAAAGGCCGCCGCCGCCGCCAAGGCUAAAGAACGACGCUGCUGCGAAAGAAAGGCCGCUGCUGCCGCUGACGCGAAGAAGGCCGCUGACGCAAAGAACGCUAAAAACAACAAGAACAACAAGAACAAUAAAAACAACGCAAAAGCUGCCGCUGACAAGGCCGCCGCUGACAAGGCUGCCGCUGACAAGGCUGCCGCUGACGCAAAGAACAACAAGAACAACAAAAACAACAAGAAUAACAAGAAUAACAACAACAAAAAUGCCAAAGGAAUCGACCCGAACAUAGCCGAUUUCUGCAAGGGGACGAACCAAAAGCCUGGUGACGGUACCCAAAUCCGAGGCGGUUUCUGUUCCUCGCUCCCGCAAGGCCAAAUCCCUGCAUCCAACAAAAUGGUUUCAUCUCUGAUCAUCUCACCUCAGCCGGAUCAGAAGAUUCAACUCGGCAAAGCCUUCACGGUCUCCGUCCAAACCAACAACUUGCAAACCGGUUUCUUCUCCGACCCGCAAGUGCAGUACUACGCCAUCCCUCAGCAACUGAACGGUCAAGGCGUUAUCCAAGGUCAUCAGCACGUUACCAUUCAACGUCUCGGCAAACAAGGUCAAAAAUUCCGGCCACCGAACGCUGAAGUCUUCCAGUUCUUCAAGGGACUGAACGACCCAGCAAACGGACAAGGUGUCUUGUCCGUUGAAGUUCCCGGCGAUGCCUUCCAAAAAUCGGGAGCCGGUGUUUAUAGAAUUUGCACCAUGUCUGGGGCCUUUGGCCACCAACCUCUGGUGAUGCCCGUUGCUCAACGUGGUGCCCAAGACGAUUGUAUCCGUGUGAAUGUCCAGUAGUUUAGAGUUGUAGCCCAGUUUACACGUCAGGUUGGGUGUAUAUAGUCCACAAAAGAUGUGCAUUUGUAGUUAAAC